ACAAGCCCCAGAAGCGCUUCCGGCGCGUUUUGCUCCGGCCGAACACCGCAAUGGCCCAACAGCAGGCGACGCACGUCUGGAUUUGGGAUCCUGUGGACAACAACAGCUUCAUCCACCCCGGGGAGAACCCCAACAACGAUGAGGCGUUGGCCAAGCAGCGCUUUGUGGAGAAGGUCUGUGGGCCGCGCAUCGCCAGACUCUCCAAGGCGAAGCUGCUGGACCGGAAAGGCACCACCUCCAUGGUGGCGCGGGAGGAUGGCAGCAACCACGAGGUGCCCAUGAGCCGGGUCCUUCCCUGGAUCGAAGGCCUUCUGGUGCUGCAGGAGAUCGAGGACUCCGACUCACCGCCUGCCUGGUUCACCGAUCAUUUCAGAGAGAUCUUGGAGAAGGAGCGCAUCAAGUACGCCAAGUCGGUGAUCCCCGGGGCGCUCUAUGUGGAGAGGAAGCUCACGCUCCAAGCUGUCACAGGUGCCAAGUACGACCUGGAUGACCAUCAGUACAACUUUCGUCGAGAGAAAGUGAAUCAGGACGAGCCGAUCCCGGAGGCCACAGAUGAGGAGUUAGCUCCUGGCUUCUGGAAGAUUCACGACAUCACUGGCUACAUGCCGCCUUGGGAGGCCUUCUGUCACCAGAAGUGCGGGCUGUACCAGGAUUUUUACCAGGUGCGAUGGGAUAGGCCCUUCCUGGAGGCGGAUUACUCCAGGGUGGAGAACGGCUGCGUUGGCGUACCAGGCGCGACCUGGGAGCCGGAUGAGUGCCUUCCUCCACACCUGGACGCACUGCGCGUGAGGGAGAAGAAGCUUUGGGCAAAGAAAAGGAAGGAGCAGGAGCUGCUGGAGGUCGCCAACAAGGCGGCCAAGCGCUCGCGCUCGGAUGCCUCCCUGGUGGAUUCCUCUAGCCCGCAGGCCGACAAGCCCCCGCCGAAGAUGGCCAGAUACAGGCGUGAUGGGAAGCUGCUCAUUCCGGACAUGUUCCGCUCCAAGAUCGGCCACGACUUUGCUCCUGAAGCCAUGGACGAUCGGAGCAGCAACAUUCGGGUUGGCUGGCCUCGGAAGGCAGAGGAAUAUCCGGAGGGCUUUGGCUGUGCUGCCCCUCCAGGCUUCUGCCUGCCCGGCUGCGAUUGCAUGGAUGAUCAGAGGCCGCAGAAGCCCUGGGAGACUGUGAAGAACUGGCUGGAGGACCCUCAGCGGAGCUCGGAGGCGCAAGCGUCCAUCGAGCACCUCUCCGCCCAGCAGCGCUUCGUGCGGCGUCGCGGGCAGGUUAGCAAGCAGUGCAUUUUCGAGACGACGCUUACUCUCACCUAUGAUCACACGCAGACUCGCGCGGCCUAUGCUUUGGCACAAGAGGUGGAGCUGCAAAUCAAGACAGCGCUCAAGGACGUGCCCUUGUCCGCGCUGAUGGAUGCGACAGACCAGGUGCGCAUCCCUGCGGUGGCCUACCUGAAGAGCGGGGAGGACUACGCGCCGGUCCGCUUCGAGCUGUCCCCAACCUCCACCGCACGUGCUUGGGCGACCAUCGGUCCCGAGGAUGGCUUGCUGAAAUGCCACGUGGCCCCAGCCACCAGGCCGGCGACGGUGCAAGUGGAACUGCACUACCCCGAGGCGUGCAGUGCGGUGCUGAACUUGCUGGUCACCAGCUCGGAGCGACCUGCCUGGCGCACCGGGACUGCCGGUGUGGUGGCCAAGUUCCAGGAUGUGCAGACGUGCCCGCUGGCGAGGAACGCGCGCAUCGUGCUGCAAGAGCACCUCAGCAAGGUCUACAACUUUGAUUUGCGAGCGCCAAAGGAGGUCCUCUUCGGUCAGUGGCUGGGCUGCAUGGAACUUCUGCUGCGGAUGCUGAGGAGCCUGGCCAUGGCCAACGUGGUGAAGCCCGAGGGCCUGUCUAAGCCGCCGCCACGUGCCGCGCUGGCGCGCUGACGCUUUGCAAGAAGCUGAAGAAGGUGCCUCGUUUCACCGCUUGAAUCGCGGAGUGCGGAGGCUUUCCGGGCGAUGCGGAACCGGCGAUGCUGCA